AUGACGAGGAAUUAUAAACUGUUUCUCGUUGGGAGAACUUCAAAUGGAAAAAGCUCAACAGGAAAUUCAAUUUUAUCCAGCAAACCAUUUUCUUUAAAUUCAGAAGAAAUUGUCGUGAAGUCAGGCAAAGCAAAUCAAUACGAUGUUACAUUGGUCGACGGCUAUGGCAUUGGAGAUAGUGUUAAGGACUUAAAGGGAGAUAUGAAACGAUUAAUUUAUAAUAUAGAGAAAGUUUUUAAUGAAAACUUAAAUAACUGUUUUUCAGCUUUGCUAUUAGUUAUCCCAUUAUAUGUUAGAUAUACCCAUCAAGAAAGUGAAAGUGUCCGUGUUGUAAAGUCUAUUUUUGGUCAGAAUGUUUUUGAGAAAUGUGGAAUAAUUGUUAUGACGUAUGGGGAUAUGUUUCCACCUCCUACAAGAUGUACUAGCUUUGAUACAUGGUGUAAGGAGCAAAAAGGAGACAUUAGAAAACUCCUUAGUGAAUGUAACAACAGGUACGUCCUGUUCGACAAUAAAACAUGCGAUAAAAACAUACAGAAAGUGCAAGUAGAUAAACUAAUGACUGAAGUUAUAAAAAUAAAUCAAGAAUACAAUGAUCGAGAUUUUGAAAAUGCAAGUACCCAACGCAAUGCGCUAAAAGGUUUAGAUGCUGAUAACAAUAGUCAAUCUUCUGAGGAUGUUAGACGACCAUUAUUUGAACCAGGAAGCUAUGGUGAUGGCAGUGUAUUGAUAUAG